UAAUAAUAAACGGAAUAAAGGAUCAACAGAGUAUCGCAUAUUGAUCGAAACGAACGACAUGGAAGAACAACCUUCAGUUCUUCAUAUUUGGAGCUCACCUUCGUCAUUAACAACAUUUGGACAUAUUUCGCUACAACUAAUGUCUAACAAAUGUUACAUAAGCUUUUGGCCUAGAAAAGGUACAAACUGCUGGGAUAUUUUGAACAAGAGAUGCCCCGCUGAAUGGUAUCAAACCGUUAAGGAGGAGAUUAAAGUUAAUGGACACCCAACUUCAGUGUUUAUCUAUGGACUAGAUGUUACAGCAAUCAAAUUAUGGUGGGAUAAAUUCAUUUCUUACGAACCAAAAUAUGAUAUACGAGAACAGAACUGCGCUUCAGUUGUGUAUAACGCACUUUGUGCAGGAUCAAGCUGGUUUGAAAAGAAUACAGGAGAAUGUGCUGGAAUCAAAACUCCAACACGUGUUUUCCAGUACGUACAGAACGGUUACAAUAAAGGAACAAAAAUAGGAUGUGGUAGGUCAUGUACACACUGUCUGUCGUUAUACCCUUAUCUAGUUUUCGGUUUCUUUUCUAAUAACGUUGACAAAUUUAUGGUAUUGGCUCAAAAAUAUCUCCAGUUCAGACAUACACCAGAACAAGGCAAAAUUGUUAAGAAAUGUGAACUUGAAGAUACUUCAUCAAAUGUUGAGGAAAGUGAUGAAUCAAUCAAAGAUGUUACGGUAUGUCAAGAUUUGCAUGAAAAGAAAGAAAACCUCCAACCAAAUGUACAACAAGAAAAUUUAGAAGAUUUUAUUGACUUACGGACGAAAGGUAGAAGAAUAAGUUUGCCAGACAUAAAGUUUUUCUGUCAACCAGAUAGGGAUACCUACGGUGAAGCAAUGCUCGUUCCUUUAACUGGUGAAAAUGGCGUUAGAUAUAGAACAUGAACAAAGGAAUGUGUUUAAACAAUAAUUUUCACAAAGAUAUUUAGGCAAAAUCACUCUCAGGGAGACAUCCUUACUUCACAAGUAAUGUCUAAAGAAAUGUCUAAAGAAACUAUAUACAAAGAAGGAGGCAAUCGUUAUCAGUUUAUGCCGGUAUAUAUUCAAGAAGCUGUUCAUUUUUCAUGUAUAUACUGACCUGUUGAACACAUACACAGUGACCGAACUACGAAAAAGUGUAUCGCGAUGCUGAGCAAUCCAAAGGGUAUACGGAGGAGAAAGUGCAGAAAGACGUAUAGCAGGCAGGAAUUUUCGAAAAUCAGCACACUAUUGGAGUGCAUUCUAUGAACGACCCGCAUACAUGAAUAAAGCAAAUGAUCGACGAUGCUGCUAAAGUGAAUAUAUUGACGUAACAAAGGUGCAUAAACAACUGUUGGAUUGUUGUGUUGAAUUGUUUUCGUGCGACUUGUGUCGCAGUAUGAACAGACAGCGAAAGAGAUUGUUGGUGUAAAAAAUGUAUGUCUAUAACAGGACAUAUAUCUAGAUUUAAUGGAGAAGCAGAAAUGUGUUCAUGCGUUAACGUUUUAGGGAGGAGAAACACGAUUAAUUUUAUGUAACAGAUCAGUGCUGCAUUUUUGUAAAACAAAAUGCACACAGUAUGACCAUUAGUGAAUUGUUUCUAAGCAUUGAAAUGUUGCCUGAUUAUAUUUUGUGAAAAUUAUACUUUAUCAAGGUUGUUUCUACUGUGUAGUGAAUGUACAUUAAUUUUAUCAUGCUAUAAUCAUAAGAUUUCAACACACUGAUCAAAUUGUAUCAAGUUAUAAUGAAAGAGAUCUAUUUGCUUUGUAUUUUGAUUUCUGAUUAACCAGUUUAUUUUGUGGUAAUGUUAUUUUUAAGAAGAUAUGUUUAAUGUUUCAAUUAGUGUCCAUCUGAAUUGAUAUGUGCAUAUAAGAAGCGUAUGUAUUUUGGGUACAAGUAUUUGGUCUUAAAUAAAUGUACCGGUUUAUCAUUGUU